AUGUCCUGUGCGAUGAAACCGCCGGCGGCCAAUUGCCCGACGUUAGCAGAACAUGGCGCCAAGCUCUCCCCAGAGAAAGACCGCUAUGUGCUCUACAUAAGUAUGAUGUGCCCUUUUGCACAUCGAGUUAACCUAGUACGGUCUUUGAAAGGCUUAAAGUCAUGGAUUCAGCUCGUUGUCCUUGACCCUGAGUUGGGUUCAAACGGCUGGUUCUUCUCUGGACGUUUCGGGACCGCGGAACGCGACCCCCUGUAUGGAUUUAAAUACCUCAAAGACUUAUAUCUGAAGUCUGAGCCGGGGUACACAGGCAGAAGCUCGGUACCGAUGCUGUGGGAUAAGAAAACUGAAAAAGUGAUCAGCAAUGAGAGCGGCGACCUAAUGCGCAUGCUGUACAGUUCUUUCGACGCUCUUCUUCCGCCCGAGCUCCAAGAGAUGAAUCUACCGGGGGGCGGUUUCUACCCAAAUGAUCUUCGAGCCGAUAUUGAGAAGCUCAAUUCGUUGAUCCACUCCAGCCUUAAUGCUGGGGUCUAUAAUGUGGGCCUGGCCUCGAGUCAGGAGGCGUAUGACGAAGCAAGCGACAAGGUGUUUGAUUUAUUAGACCAGGUGGAACAGCGGUUACAGUCAAACCGUUUUCUACUAGGGCCAAACAUUACAGAAACCGACUUGCGCUUAUACACGUCUAUAGCACGGUUUGAUGUGGCCUACUAUACUGUAUUUCGAUGCAACCUAAAGAUGAUACGCCUUGACUACCCUGCAAUUGACCGAUGGUACCGUCAAUUGUACCACACUGGCGUGCCUUGGUCCCAGUCUGCCUUUGAGGAGACGACCGACUUUUUCGCCUGUAAGUUCGGGUAUACAAAGUUCUAUGAGAGCCGGAGAGUAGGCGCAAAGGACAUAAUCCCUGCGGGACCAUCACCCGCUAUCCUACCUCCCCGUGCAUAG